AGUAAACAAAGGUUUCGCAGGAACAAUUUCAAAGGUGUUUAGUGCAUGGCGAUUAAUUAUGUUUUCGGUCUCGUGGUGACAGGUUGUUGUCUGUCUACUUGUUUGUGGAAAUACUGUGAAAUACAACAUUUCUAGCUCACGGGUGCGUAGAGAGAUUCGGGAAGAAUUCCUCAGUAUGGCCUCAACAGACCCAGUAAGAUGUCUCAUCUGUUUGAGCGAUGUAGUUGAACAAGUGGCCAGACCAGAGAACUGUGACCACUCUUUCUGUCUCGACUGUAUCAUGGAAUGGUCUAGGAACACGAAUACCUGUCCAGUGGACCGAAUUAUGUUUAAUGUUAUAUACCAAAUGGAUCACCCAGGAGGAAAAGUGAAAAACACGGUGAAAGUCGAGAUGCCAUUGAAUAAAAAGGAGGAUGUCUCAGAGGACCAGCAGGUCAUUUGUGAGAAGUGUGGGCGGUCGGACUUUGUCCAUCUGUUGCUGAUGUGCUCAACCUGUGAGGCAGGGUACCAUGCAGCAUGUCUGACCCCUCGACUGGGUGCAGUUCCAGCACAGGACUGGAUGUGCCAGGAAUGUACAGAUAGCCAUGGAGGCCUCUUGGCUGAGGAAACGGGUGUGAGUGAUGAGGAAAUGGCAUAUUUAUUAGCCGAAGCUGCUCCAACUCCAGGUAGACUUCGUCUGUCUACUUUGACUUCAACUUCCGCCUCAAUAGGUACCAGGCACAGCAAGCGGCUCCGUGCACAAGCAAGUAAAGGUUCAAGUCACCAGAGCCCCAGUGCACAGCAUGUUCCCAAAUACCUCCUGAAGUUGACAGUACCAUGUGACAAAAAUGACCCACGCAGCAGCUCAAAUAUUCAGAACCUUUGCUCCCCAGAAAUGCGACACAAAAGGAAGAGAGGAGGCUCAGACAUGCAGUGAGCGGUUUCAUCACAGCAUUAAAAAGAUCAGAUGGAGACUGGUCUGGUAAAUUGCUUUGUGUCUUUCCCCGUAACAAUGUGAUAUAUUUCUGAAGGAAUGGUCGCCUUUAGUAUAUUUUUGUCAUGUUUAGGUUAUAUUAAUGAUGUGGAAUACCUCGGCAACCCUGUGGUGGUCCAGAUUGUGGGUGUUGCUAAUGGACAGCAGGUGGCAGCAAACACAUUAUUGAAUGCUUAAACCAAACAUGAGGAUGACCUAAGAAAUCACGUGACAGUGACACAUCAUGAUUUCCAGGGAAAUGAAAGGAAAUGGUGUCUCUCUUUUCUGCAGUUGCUAAAAUGCACCAGUCACACAUGACUGGUUCUUCUUGUCAAAUUGAUGUUUGAUGUUUUUGUAUGGUGUGUUUUUGUAUCUAAAAAUAAAAGAUACAUAUUG